AUGUUUGGUGACGGACAAUGUCACAGCAUCAGAGAGGAGUCAACAAAGCUCCUCCUGCUCCUACCUCAGGCCUGCCUCUCAAGCAGAGGCAAGUCCAUGGCCUUGACAGAGCUGACUGUGCCUUCCCCAUGGGGUUCGGUCAUUGUGCUUUUUUUUUACGCUCCCCUUCGCUUCUUAUUAUCCUCAGAUACUGCCGAGAGCAGAGUGUUUUUGACUUGGCAGAGUGAAAACGUUCGUCAACGGCUCGGACUGGGCAGGAUCGUUUUCAAGGUCGUGAUGUUGAUACAGCGCUCGAGUCUCAGUGUUCCACGGCCCCCCGCUGAGCAGUACAUGUUAUUGACCAUAGUGGGCACGCAGGCAUGGAGAAUAGUGGUAGCGCGGCAUAUGGAAGCUGGAUUGAAGAUGGGACCUGAAGCAGAGGGCAGUUGGACCCUUCUGGGCUGCGGCCUCUUUCUUGAGCAGGUUAGCAAGAUACCUUCAUGUCAAGACCACGCCAGCCACCACCAUUGUGGAAUCGCCUUGUAUAGAAUUACGUGCUCUUUCCACCCAAUACAGGCUAUUUCCGCGCGGCAGGGCGCGCAGCGCGUCACCUAG